AUGCUCUCGCGCCGAUCCGGAUUUUCCUCUACCUUCGCCAUUGUCGCACUCUGCCUCACGCUCGGCAGCGCCUCUGUACAUGGGUCCGGCAAGCAACUCCUCGAGUAUGAUGCCCUCUCUACGACAACGUCAGAAUUGAGCGUCACCGACAUCACCAUCGAUGCGCCCGUUUCUGCCAUCACAUGUGGGGCCGCAGAGGUUGACUGGACCUGGGAUCGAGACGGAAGUCUCCCAAGCGAGCCCAUCACACUGUCGAUCAUCAACGCUACCGACUUUAGCUCCCGCAGAAAGAGGUCCUCCAAGCGACACAUCGAUUACGCGUCCGACUUGUCGCUCCACAAGAGACUCUUGAGCAAGAGGCUUUCCAGCGAAGGCACCAUUCUGAACGGGGGCAGCAACCUGCCCUUCAAUCAAAUGUCCUUCCAGUGGCAAGGCAUCGCAGUCGUGCCCGGACAAUAUCGUCUACUCCUGACCAUUGUAGCCACCAAUGAAUCGGUCGUCUCCGACCCUUUCGCCGUUGGUACUGGUCAUACCGACAGCUGCCUACCAGGCACGACAGUGACCUCGUCUGGCGCUUCGCAGAAUUCGGCUUCAAACGGACCUAGCCGUUCAGCAUCUGGUACUAGCACAGCCGCUGCAGCCGCCGCGACCACUGCCGCCAAUGCUCAGGGCGAUGACAAUGAGGGCGAUGAUGAUGAUGAUAUCUCUUCAGCUUCGUCAGCGACGGAAGGCACUGUAGCAAGUGCCACUGGCAGCAGCAGUGAUUCCCAAAGCAGCAGCAGCUCGCGUCCGUCGGCUGAUCAGACCGAGUCGCACAGUAGCAACACAGGCGCCAUUGCCGCUGGCGUGCUCGUGCCGCUACUGGUGAUCAUUGGAGGCGCCAUUGCCUUCUUCUGGCGGCGCAGGAGUCAAGCUUCAUCAGCAGCUUCCAAUGGAUCAGGCGGUGACGGGGGAGAGAGAUGGUUCGAGAAAAUCAUGCCCUCACCCUCUUCGAGCGGUGGAGCUGCUCAGCAUCGUCGUCAGAUCUCUGGGCCAGAGAUGGCUUCUGCAGCUGGUCUCGCCUCAGUCGCCAAACUAGUGCCAGCAGCCCUGCGGACAGAAAAGAACGAGGCCGCAUUGCAGCAAGCUGCCUUUGAAGGUCGCAGCCAACGCACGCGCCGAGACACUGGCGGGUCCGAAGACUCCUCUGGUUCCAACCCCGGGGGUGAGCAUUGGGUCGACUUCCGUGCUGACGAGAUGCACAACAUCGACGGUGCCCGACCGCUGAGCCCCAGCACCAUCGACAGCCAGACGUUCAGCGUCAUCGGAGGUAAUCAGCAGCUCUACUCGCAGGGUCAAAAUAUCCCACUGUCGCACUUCUCCACGUCUGGAUCAUCUGCCAAUCGCAACUCGACAUUGUCCAGCGCCGACUCUCGCGGCUCGAUUGCGACCUUCAGCACCCUAAACAAUCCUUUCAUCAACGGGCGAGAUUUGAUCGCUAGCGUCCCACAGCGUCGAUCUGCUGGCGACCUUACAGGAUCCUCUGCUAUGACCUCAACAGAUUCAGCUUCAUCUUCUUCCUCGUCAUCGUCGCCUUUCGAUGACGAGCACGCUGCUACCACAUCUACUACCCCGGCUAGCACUGAUCUCACUACCCAUCAAAGGUCAGACUCUCAGGCUACUGUCAAGCUGGAACGAUCAGACUCAGAGGGCAAAUCUGGUGUCAAGCGCAAGCCUGUUCCUCGCUUCUCUGCUGCGCCUCAGAAGGCAAGCAGGGCUGCUGCACCUACCGAAACAGAUCCCUUCAGCAAUGCAAAUGCAGUCAAUGACAGUAUCGAGCUUAUUCGAUCUUCGGUCGAGACUAACGGCGCUCCAUCGACUCCACCUAUGCCUCCCUUCAAGUUUCAUGCUGCGACGCCUUCUUCAAUUCCCGAGACUGCCAUGAGCGACACAUCAUCCAUCCAUAGAUACACACCAGAUCUGCCCACCAGCGUCACCGACGACAGCUUGGCGGCUAUCGCCCAGAGCGAUGUGGAAGGUGGUAGAGACAAGGCAUACCAUCUCAGCAUCAACCUUGGCUCGGAGAAUGGCUUCAGAAUGAGCUUCACCUAG